AUGCCGGCCUCUAGCUCCGAAAGGGAGGAAUCCACUGGGCGAAUUCCGGCCGAAGGGGAACGAGAGACCCAAAGCGCUCGUCCUGCCAAUCAAACUCCUUCUCCUGAGCAUGCCGAGGAGGAACCAGAAAUCAGGGGCUCCCCAGAAGCCAGCCCGUCCAUGCACAGGACGAUCUCAGAUGAGCCGAGGACGACUAGCUCCUCUAACCCCACUAGUGGCUCAGAGGAGCCGUCAACCACUUCGUCUGAAAUAAGACGGCGGCUAGGUCCCCUUUCUGACCCUAGGUUUAUCCUGGCCGAUAACACUUGGCUGGGACGAUUAGGCUCGGACCUUAUACCUUUUUCAGUGGCUAUGCCCAUGCCCGGCUACCACUUUGUCCUUCCCGGCCGAGAGGACACUAUUUUCAGUGCUCCUCCCGGCCACUUUGCAGUUUAUCGGUUGGCAUUAGAUGCCGGCCUGCGCUUUCCCCUUCACCCUUUCAUCAGCCAACUUCUUCAUUACUACGGCAUAGGACAUAAUCAGCUUGCCCCUAACUCUUGGCAAAACAUCCUUACCUUUCUGGCCGUCUGCAACUUAAAGGGAAAGGACCCUUCUCUGGCCGCUUUUACCCAUAUUCACUAUGUUGCCAAGGUCCCUAGGACCAUUGAAGGAAGCUGGCUGAGCGUGUGCAAUCGUCAAGGAUUCUUGACGUCUUGGGAUAAGACUUCCAAGAUGCACUCAUGGAAGGGCGAGUUCCUCUUUGUCCAGGCGCCCAGCAAAGCGGUGGCAAACCGCCUUCGGUAUUUUAGCCGGUCAACCACAAACACUGGACGGAUGGCCUCAUAUCUGGAACUGGAGAGUAACUCUGCCGAAGAGAUGGUGGAGUACUUCCGGAUUUCGGAAUAUACUAUGGAAGAUGUUUCUUUCAAGGGUCCGUCCAAUUGGAUUCCCUUUAAGGAAAUGUUUUACCAUGAUAACUUCCUAGUCGCUGCCGGCUUGCGGCAGGACGAGGACAGAGAUUCAGCCAGGAGCAAACUAAGGAAGUCUUGGAUAGGAGACAUGAGCUCAUCCAGAUUUGCGGACACUCUAUGGAAGGAGUACAAUAAAUCAGGUGCCGAAAAGAGGGCCGACACUCUGGUAAGAUAUUGUAUAUAUAUAUUUAUUUUUUUUUUUUGA